GUCUCUCCACGCAUCUCUCUACAUAUUUAUUUCCAUCCUUUCAUCUCACACUUCACAGCCACUCCUUUAAUUAUUACUCCAUAUUUCCAUCCUUUCAUCUCACACUUCACAGGAGUACAAUUUUUGCUUCAACUCUAUAUUUUAAUUACUUAGUUUCUGUAUUACUUAAUUCUUCUUCUAUGGAACCAACAACCUGCAGCGUGGUGGACACUUCUCUGAACCUCAACGUUGCUCCUUCUUGGGACACAGUUGUUGACGUUUCGGUUUUGGUUGAAGAGUUAGAGCGUCUGAAUAGUGAGAAUAAGAGGUUAACUGAGACGCUGAACCACAUAUGCGACAACUAUCUCACCAUGCAAAAACAUUUAGCCCAACUCAACAGUAACAGCCCGGAUGAUUUUGAAAAAGAAGCAGGGAUACCAUCGCGGAAGAGAAAGGCUGAGAAUCUGUUUGUUUAUGGUAGCAGUGGCUAUACUGAGUGCAGCACCAUUACUGAGGAGGAGAAUACAAUAUUCAAAAGGCCUAGCACUUCGCCAAAGGUUUCCAAGGUUCUUGUUCGGACUGAAGCAUCUGAUACCAGCUUAUAUGUGAGAGAUGGAUAUCAGUGGAGAAAAUAUGGUCAGAAAGUUACCAGAGAUAACCCCUCUCCUAGGGCUUACUUCAAGUGCUCUUACGCCCCUAGCUGCCCUGUCAAGAAGAAGGUGCAAAGAAGUGUAGAAGACCCUACCAUAUUGGUAACAACUUAUGAAGGAGAGCACAAUCAUGCGCAUCAUCAAGCUGAAAUAUCACUGUGUUCAAGCCAAAGUGAAACUUCAGGUUCAGUUCCUACAGCUUCCUCACCCACUCUCAUGAAUCCGAGGAUAGGUCCAACUUUUACGCUUGACUUGAUCCAGUCAAGAUUAGUUGACAAUCACAAUGCUCAAAAGUCACCAUCUUCUAUCCAGCAGUUUUUAGUUCAACAAAUGGCUUCUUCUUUGACAAGAGAUCCUAAUUUUACAGCCGCACUUGCUACAGCCAUUUCAGGAAGGUUUCUAGACCACACUACUUCUAUGGAAAAAAGGUGAAUUAACAAAUAUGUAUUGUUGUUACUGUUUUUGCUACAUGCAUGUGGAGGAUGGAGCCAUGUUACAACUAUAUGUGAUCUGUAAUUGUUUAUCAAUAUUGACCAAGCAAGUUCUUGCCAUGAGGAACUAUAUUUCCAAUAGAGUUCUAAGAAAACUGCAUUGUAACGAAUUGAGAGCUGCCAUUUGGUAGGAAAAGUGUGUUUCGUUAGAAAAAGUGACAAACAAUACGCAGAGCUAAUGUUGGUCAGAGUACUGUCGAUAGUUGGAGGCUUCAAUUACAUCAAGAAGAAUUUAUUGGGAGUCUUAUCCACUAAA